AUGAAACGGAUUUGUGCUGAAGCAAAAAGUAAUGUAAAUCCAGAAACACCAGAUGCGGGUCUUACGUUUCUUUCUCCACGUAAAGCGUAUAAACGUGCAAAAACGGUUUCGGAGCUGGAUGACUUCGAUUCUGAUAUUGUUAGAAGAACUGUCCACGAGUUUUACGAUCGGGGUGAGUACCCAACUGCUCAAUUGAUACUUAAUGUCGUAAAAAAAAAAAAAACAAAUUACACUGGGUGCGUUCGAUCAAUGCAAAGGCUCCUUAAAAAUUUAAAAUUUUCUUACAAAAAAUGUAACGAUGGUCGUAUGUUUUUAAUGGAGAGGAACGAUAUCAUCGCACUUCGGUGUAAAUUUUUAAGGCAAAUGUGUACGCUGCGAGAGAAUAAAGACGAUCGGCCAAUGGUUUAUCUCGAUGAAACGUGGGUAAACCAAAACCAUUCGCGCACACUUAUUUGGCAAAAAGAGAACAACUCAGGUGGUCUAAAGGUGCCAACAGGUAAAGGCGGUAGACUAAUUGUAUGCCACGCAGGAUGUGCUCGCUACGGGUUUAUAGAGGGAUCAAAAUUGGUAUUUCGAAGUAAGACCGAAAAUACAAAUGAUUACCAUAAUCAGAUGAAUGGUGAGGUAUUCAAGCAGUGGUUUAUUCAAAUGCUGAAUAAUCUUGAAGAGCUAUUUAUUAUCAUAAUGGAUGAUGCACCUUACCAUUCAGUCCUCAAAGAAAAAUAUCCAAAAGUGAUUAGAAAAAAGUCGACGUACAACACUGGCUAA